AUGCCACCUGAACUUGAAUUGUGCUGGGCCACAAAAGCCUACCAGCACGCAGAAAUACAUUUUAACCUGCUUUGUGCUCUCCCUGAUACGCGACUUCUUAAGCUUACCAGUUUGGAUGACGUAAUUUAUCAGAGAUUUGAGGAGAUCUUUAACGGUAUGGAACUGAAAAGUAUGGAUGAGUUGCAGCUAAAAUCGGAAUCUAGUAAAGCGACAUGGCGCGACUUUUGUAACGAAUUUAAGGAGAAGGUCGAUGAUUUUAACUUCGCAACUCUUCUUCGUCUAGAUGCCAGUAAGGGAUAUGAUGCAACAAAUACAUGUAUUGUUCCGCGAAUUCAAUUUUUGACUAUUGAGAUAGCACGAAACCGAAGAGGCCUAAAUGACACGAGGACUUUGCAGAAAUACAAUAAAAAAAUUUCUUAA